AUGGAUCUUAGGAACGAGGUCGGGCAUAACAAUAUGUCUUUCCAAAUGGAAUCCGAAGUGGAACAUGACGCUCAAACUUGUGACGAUAAAGCUAUAAGAAACGACACUCCUCAGGCAAAGCCAAAAGUGAAAGCACAGCCGUGUAAAGAUUCCGAUACAGAGAAGCUUCAACGUUUACUUUUUAUUGCAUGCGCCAUUGCCUUUGCUUCAUUGUUCUCAGCCUUUGCCACUUUGGUCUUAGCUGUGGCAAUCAUGACGGUACAGAGCGAGGUUUCGACAUGUACCCGUACACCUUCCGCAGCCCUUCCCUGUGGUAAGUAAACGCUCAUAACUAUUGAUCUCUUCAAAUUUUAAAACUGCCACUUAUUAAACGAUACGAUGAAGCAGGAAGUAGUCUAAUAAGUGCUGACCAAUUUUCUGCCCAUAGAGUAACUAAAAUGAACUUCCUCUUGGAUAUAAUUUAAGCAUCCUUCACUUAUAACUAAGAUUCCAUGAAAUUGUGUCAGUCUAAGUAAAAAGAUACUCAUCUAUAUCUUAAAAUUUCCCAUGUCUUUCUGGAAGGAGAGAUUUGAGCAGAACUGCAGACUUUAGACCCGUUUUGCUAGCACUUUCCUUACAGUGAUCAUUUGCAUAUGAACUUUACGAAAAUGACCAUAGCUACAAGGAGCAAUCCUUCCAUCAUUAUAUUUAUCCUUAAUUAAUUAAACUCUACGUAGUCAACCCCUUGGGUCGAUCGUGCAAAAUUGCACGAUGACGUUGGCCUUUUUGGAAAUGUUCGUAUUACAUCCGAUCGUUCUGAAAUUCCGACUGUAACAUGUAGAUAUUCUAAGCCAAUCACAUGGCGAGUUUUAGCUCCGAACUACCAAACGUGACCUUGGGAGCCGGUUCCGAAAAGUCAUUUGCGUACGAUUUCAAUCUGCGACAAUAGCGUUCGAUGCGAAACGCUGGAGAUACAGCGUACCUAAGGAUUCAGGGACGGUUGGAAGUGGUAUGUCUAGUGGUGAGGAAUCCGAAUUAGACAGAAGACUGGAAAAUCCUGGCGAAGAAUCGAGGUAAGUAAUCUAUAAACAUUCUUGCGAUAUUUAACUGCGUGACGCAUGUGGUGUUGAAACAGUGUCAAAUUACAUUUACUUUUACUUUUCGCGCACGAAUUCUUGUUUUUUGCCUUGAGACAAACCUGUACAUGUAUAUCUGUGAAUGAAAAGCAAAAUAUAUUGUUAUCAAACAUGAUUUUGAAGCGACAGAGUAAAUAAUGUUCAAUGGAAUUUUAUAACGCAACGGCCUAAAUUAUCUGCCAAUCACAGAUCGAAUGACGCAGUGUGCGUCCGAACUAAAUCAAAUAAAAUCUUUAAUUUUUAAAACGAUAGUUUUAUAUAUAUCGACCUGUACAUUAUCUUGUAUGUUUAUUAGAUGUGGUUCUACUUGUUACAUGCCGAAAAUUCACAAAACAAACAAGUUAUGCUCAAAAAUGAGUGGAAUGAUAUAAAAUGACAGUUUCGGGUUUCACUUCUGAAUUGUUUUACUCUUGAAAAAUACUGGUGGUGCAUUGCAAGUGAAAGGCUUUUGAUAUAUGUUGCGCUUUAUGUGUUUUGAGGUUGAUUAUCCCAUUUGUCCUUAUUUCAAGGCAAAAUUUCAGAAGUCAAACAAAGAAAUAUAGUUCCAAUGGUUGCACUGUAGACUUCAACAUUCAUAUUGGGAAAGAUGCUGCAAGAGGGAUUAGUAAAUUUUGGCUUGGGCAUUAUAAUAAGGUAAGACUUAUUAGUCCGUACUUCAAUCAGUGUUCACUAAAUAUGUGUAACACAUCUCAGAUUUAUUAUUUUCUAACCAAUUUUUAUGGAGAUGAUGCUCAUAUAGCAAGGAACUUGUUUAGUUAAUUUUUGCCUCAUUACUUUAUAUCAUUUGGGUAUCACUUAAUUCACAGUUCAAAUUUUGAUGAUAUUUUAUGCUAAUAAGUGUUAGUUUGAAAGCAUUCAAUGAGGUUGUUUCCUUUUUCUUGGAGAAGAAACAUGCAUUUCAGGAAAGCUUAUUUACUGCUGUUUCAAUUGAGGUAUAGCUUACUUCCCUUGUGUAUACUCGGUGUGGAAUAAAUGUUUCAAUAAUCUGGGUCAAUUUUUAUGGUAUUGGCGUACAGUUUGGAAAAAAAUUCCAAUUAAUUAUGUAUUUGUUCUUUUUCAGCCAGAUUCUCCGGAUGUCUUGCCCGUAACAUAAGAAAUAUUUUAUCUUAAAAUGUUUCCUUGUAACUACCCUCCAUUCAGGCCCAGGCUGUUUCAAAGUCAAACGUUGUCUGAUAAUUUAUGCAAGUUGUAUGCCAUUUUCUUAGCAUGAUUUAAAAUACAUGGAGUUUUGAAGGCAAAAAAUUUUUUUCUGUAAAGCUUAUUUUGUCCUCUUUCAAAUGAGAUAUAGCGUUACUCACUAGUGUAAAUACUGUUAUAAAAAAAAUAAAAGAAAAAAGGUUGUCGUCACUUGCCAAUUUUUUUAUGUCUACUACUGACGUAUAUUCAUUUUUUGUCUCUUUGAACUAUAUCAUAGCUACUAAUUGUCUGAUGAAAAAUACCCAACAGCUUAAUGCAGUCCUUUGCAUAUUUGAUAUAGUCUCUUCUUUCCUAUAUUCAUUUCCACCAGGGGCGUCAGAACUUGAAAAGAAUAUGCAAGAGAUGAAAAGGAACCUCUCGGCUCUGCGAGAAUAUUCGGUAGGAGCAUUUUUUUUUUAUCAUUUGAAGUAAUGGGUGAAAUACAACACUGUAUACACUACAUUACGGAUUUCAAACAUUUAACAGCCAGCCAGACAGGUCGAAAUAACUAUAAAACUAUUUUUCUUCAUUGAUUUGUUUUGGCUUGUCCCCUAACUCGACAACAUAAUGAAAAUCCGUUUAUAAGCUAAUGAGAUUACGAGUGUCCUUCGUUGCUUCAAAAAAUUUAACGCUUACCUUUGAUCUAUACUCUUCUCUCGAUGAAUGAUUACAUAUAUUUCACACCAGAAAGCCUUUUUCCAAGAGCCCCAUUUUCCAGCUGCCGUCUCUCAUAAUUUUCUCUCAUCAUCUUUCAAUUUUUCAUACUUUUUUCCUACCCAGGAAAAUUGUUCUUAGGAAAAUAGGAAUCUAAGAUCUAGAGAUUCUCGAACAAAAUAACACACGACAAGACCACAGAUCGGUAUCUCAAUUAGACCAUUAUGCGCUUCCUUUGUAAGCCUAAUAAUAAGGCCCACUUUAGAAGUAUUGUGUCAGGCAGUACUUCCCUUGGUAGCUGUUCAUCCGAAAAUAAAUAAAGAUCACAUGAUUUACCUUUCAAGUUAAGAAAUGCUUGAAUCGACUUUUUUCCCUCGCAGAGUGCAUCGAUUGGAGGUUUGGAGAGAUCCUCUAAAUUCCCAACUACCGCCUAACUAGAGUGUUAGCCAAAGUUUCUCCAUAUUUUACGAUAUUUUUCUCGCCCCCUUUGAAAAUUAUCUUUGUGAGAAGCACUUCUAGUUAAUAAACUAGAACAGACUUAGAAUUGCAAAUUGUAGUUGAUUCAUUCACAGCAGUAUAAUAUAAAGGUUUAUUUAAUUGUCUAGGUGAAAAAUACAAAUAGCAGCAGGAGCAUCGUGAUAGGACCACCUGGAGUCAAUGGUAGUAAUGGUAACGUUGGACCUACUGGACUUCCCGGACCACCAGGAUAUAAUGGUACUAAGGGUGAUAUUGGACCUGCCGGACCUGCCGGACCUCCAGGAUAUAAUGGUACCCGUGGCCCUGCAGGACCAUCUAGACUAGCUGGUGUGCAGGGCCUUCGUGGACCAUCUGGGUACAAUGGAACCCAGGGCCCACCUGGACCCGGGCCCAGUUCCUGUGUUUUUAAGACUUCAUCCAGCAUUGGUAUGGUAGCAAGCUCGGUGACCAUACAAAAAAUUUCAGCGACGGAACCAAACGUUAGUUGGGUCAAAGAUCGAAAAAGUUGUUUUAUUCUGAAAAAAAACAGAGAAAAAAACAAAACAAAACAAAAACACAAAAAACAAAUCUCCUAUUAAAAAUUACUUUACAACAUAUUAACACUCUUAAGACUAGAUUUACUGGUCCAAGGAGUUGUCUAAAGUCGUUAAUCUUUACUUGGAUUCAGAAAUUUCAUUUUUCAUUUUCAGCCAUAGGCCGCAUUUAUUUUGAGAAUCAAAGCUAAUUUCCUUUAAGUCUUAAAUCUCCAUCACCAUAUAUUAAAAGAAACGUAGAGUUAAAAAAAAGAGAGAGAAAAUAAAUUUAACAGCCUCUUACGGACAAGUUCAUUUUGCCGCUAAAUGUAAGAUUUCUUUUGGACAAUUACAUACCUUUCAGGAUAUCUAUAUGAUCAUUUCGAAUUCUAUAAUUCCACAAGGAGUGAUGAUCUCCCCUUAAGGUAUAUUUUCAUUCUUGCGUUCCAAGAUGUGAAGGCUGCAUUUAUGAUAACAUGAUUUGGGAACGGAAAAUUUGCAACAGGGACUACCCGGAUUGUAGCCGUCGGCUUUCUUCACGUCAAGAGCUCACUCAUUAAAAUGGGUGUAAUCUGGCCUAUUUACAAAGAGGAAAUAACUGUUUUGGUCUUCUGCAUUUUGAACUCUUAAAAGUAAUUUAUCAUUAAUAUCUUUUUCUUUUCCGGCCAGGGUAAGAUCUUUAUCGGCGUAAACUGCGGUACAAAUGAUGCAAAACUUGCUAGAUUAUCAAGCAUCAUCUCAGGUGGAAAGAGAACCUACAAGUGCAAUUGCGAAGGUACCCUAACAACUGGAGAACCAACGAUGUAUUGCUACAUCCACUACUGAGAGUGCCAGUCAUAAGGAGGAAAACGGAAAGCCGUUUGAUGAACAGGAGUUUUUGUAAAGAGCAUAACAGAGUGUUGAAUCAGAAACGAGACGAAGAACAAUUUUUUUACCUUUUUAACAUGUGCUAUUUUUCAAAUAUGCCUAGUAAAAGCCAAAUUAAUAAUUACAGAGAAAGAUGAAUAGAAAAGCGACGUCAAAAAUAAAUGAUUCAAAUCCUA